CCUUGUGAACGCAAGCGCCUAUUUCACACUGAGCCAAGCUGGGCGCUACCUCUAAAGUAUCCGGAAUCAGUUCCGUAGCUUCGCGUUGUUCUUCAGUCUUUGUUUCAGAAGAUGUUUCGCGUGGUUUCAGAGAGCACUUACGUGCGUUAUCACUGCGCGCAGCGACCUUUUAUCUAACGACGCGGCAUUUCUGGUGCUUUAUAGGCGGCGGUGGAGUUGCGAGUCGCGAAACGGCGAGACACCUGCUUCACUUUCAUUCAGAUCCGACAAGCAACAAAUACGCGCUGCAACUCCACGACUUCUCACUUUUACAAGGAUCACAUCAACAUUCCCAUGCACUUUUUGUUCAAUGCUGGGGCUAUAAGCACUUUUUGUUCAAUGCUGGGGCUAUAAGCACUUUUUCAUACACUAUGUGUUUCAGUUUGGGCAUAUCUUCCUUUUACCUUUCCUGUUGUCCUUGAAAGAAAAAGAGAAAAUAAGAGGGGUUGUGACGUAAGUGUCUUGGAUCUUGUCCACGCGAGAAAAUGCCUGUGCGUCGGGGACAUGUCGCUCUCCAAAACACCUAUCUGGACACCAUCAUAAGGAAAUUCGACGGACAAAAUCGUAAAUUCCUGAUAGCCAAUGCUCAGAUGAAGAACUGCGGGAUUAUCUACUGCAAUGAGGGCUUCUGUCAAAUGUUCGGUUUCUCGCGAGCAGAGAUCAUGCAGCAGUCCUGCACCUGUCAGUUCCUGGUGGGGCCGGGCACUAUGAAGAGCGCACUGGCACAGCUGGCACAGGCCCUUCUCGGAUCAGAGGAGCGCAAGGUGGAGAUCCUGUACUACUCUAAGGAAGGGACGUGUAGACCUUGUUUGGUUGAUGUUGUUCCUGUAAAGAAUGAGGAAGGAGUCGUUAUCAUGUUCAUCUUAAACUUCCAGGAGCUCUUAGAUCCCUCCAUGAAGAAAGGUGGCAUCAAACAGCGAAUGACACACAGCUGGCUACAGGCAGGUCAAAGACGUAAGAUGAGGCUGCGAAUGCCCUCUCUCCGUGUGAAACGGCAGCCCUCCCUCCCUAAGGACCACUUUGAGGGAGUGGUGGUGGACUACCUACAGCCCUCUAAUAAGGAGAUGGCCUUGAAAGACUUGCAGAUGUCUUCCCAAGAGAGCUGCUUGAAGUCAGAGACCCAGGCCCUGAUUCAACAUAACCCCUCCACAUGUGGCUUCUCCUCCUCACUCUCACGGCCCUCAGACCGGCUAGAGCCCUGCGGACCCCCCCUCACACACAGCCACUCCAGAGAGAGUGUACGCAGCCUGCGCCGAGCCUCCUCACUGCACGACAUCGAUGGCAUGAGGAACCAGUGGAGUGAUCUGAAGCCCAGUAAUGUAAACUCCACCUCAGAUUCUGAUUUGAUGCGGCACCGUGCCAUUGGCCGGAUCCCGCAGGUGACGUUAGCAUUUGGCUCGGAUCGACUCAGACCCCCCUCCCCCACUGAGAUCGAGAUCAUUGCACCCAGCAAGAUUAAAGAUCGCACACAGAACGUCUCAGAAAAGGUCACUCAAGUCACACAGGUGCUGUCACUUGGAGCGGAUGUGCUUCCCGAAUACAAGCUCCAAGCUCCACGCAUCCACAAGUGGACCAUCCUUCACUACAGCCCCUUCAAGGCAGUAUGGGACUGGAUCAUCUUACUCCUGGUGCUCUACACGGCCGUCUUCACGCCCUACUCGGCCGCCUUCCUCCUCAACGAGCAGGAAGAUGAGAGGAGGCGCACCUGCGGCUACACCUGCAAUCCCCUAAAUGUGGUGGACCUGGUGGUGGAUGUCAUGUUCAUUAUUGACAUCCUCAUCAAUUUCAGGACCACAUAUGUCAAUCACAAUGAUGAGGUGGUCAGCAAUCCAGCUCGUAUUGCUCAGCACUACUUCAAGGGCUGGUUCCUCAUAGACAUUGUGGCUGCCAUUCCUUUUGACCUGCUCAUUUUCAGAUCAGGUUCAGAUGAGCCUCAAACCACCACUCUGAUUGGCCUUCUGAAGACCGCACGGCUGCUGCGUUUGGUGCGAGUGGCAAGGAAACUGGACCGCUACUCUGAGUACGGUGCAGCAGUGCUCUUCCUCCUCAUGUGCACCUUCGCACUCAUUGCCCACUGGCUGGCGUGCAUCUGGUAUGCCAUUGGCAACGUAGAGCGCACCAGCUCCUCCCGUAUCGGGGGCAUGAAGAUCGGCUGGCUGGACAACCUGGCCGACCAGAUCGGCAAGCAGUACAACGACAGUGAUUUCUCCUCUGGCCCCUCCAUCAAGGAUAAAUAUGUAACUGCUCUUUAUUUUACCUUCAGUAGCUUGACCAGUGUGGGAUUUGGAAACGUCUCUCCUAACACCAACCCUGAGAAGAUUUUCUCCAUUUGCGUCAUGCUCAUUGGCUCCCUGAUGUAUGCCAGUAUCUUUGGCAAUGUGUCCGCUAUAAUUCAGAGGUUGUAUUCAGGCACAGCUCGCUAUCACACUCAGAUGCUACGAGUCAAGGAGUUCAUCAGGUUCCAUCAGAUCCCAGGAGACCUUAGGCAGCGGCUGGAGGAGUACUUCCAGCACGCCUGGUCCUACACUAAUGGCAUUGACAUGAAUGCUGUAUUGAAGGGUUUUCCAGAGUGUCUACAGGCUGACAUCUGUCUGCAUCUGAACCGGAGUCUGCUGCAGAACUGUAAGGCAUUCAGGGGGGCGAGUAAGGGCUGUCUGCGUGCUCUAGCCAUGCGUUUUAAGACCACCCAUGCCCCGCCCGGCGACACUCUGGUGCACAGUGGAGACGUUUUGACUGCCCUGUAUUUCAUCUCCCGAGGCUCAAUAGAAAUCCUCAAAGAUGAUGUGGUUGUGGCCAUAUUAGGAAAGAAUGAUAUUUUUGGGGAGCCCAUCAGUCUCUAUGCCAGGCCAGGGAAAUCAAGUGCAGACGUGAGGGCUCUGACCUAUUGCGACCUGCACAAGAUCCUGAGAGACGACCUGCUGGAGGUGUUGGACAUGUACCCUGAUUUCUCAGACAACUUCUGGAGCAACCUAGAGAUCACAUUCAACCUUAGAGAUGCAGACAGAAUCAUGCAUCCAACACCAAGCGAGGACUCAGACUGUGGGUACCGUCGGCCCAGACACCGGAGGAACCCCUUACAGCGCAAUCGACCUGAUGGGAUGGACCGAGAUGGGAUGGACACAUACCCGAUCCAGACCUGUUCUCCUGUCGGGAACCAUCGGGGAGUGAUGCCACUCUCACAGUGGGAUGAAUUAUGCAGUGAUACCAGUGCUGCUUCCCUGUCCAGUGAGGAGGACCUAAAGCCCCUGGUACCUGGCCGAGGGGAGAUAUACUCUCCAGGGAUAGAGAUGCAAGAAUACUCCCCUUCUGCUGUCAGCAUGGGAGGAUCACAGGAGCGAGGGUCUCAUUCAUACACAGCUCCUCCAAACGUGUCUGGGUUAUAUGGCUAUUUGUCUGACCGCAGGGCCAGUCAGUACUCAGAGCGUCAGAGUCGCCCUUCUGCAGUGCAGACCUGUUACCACCAUCACAGCCUCUGCAACGAGGACAGACCAAGCCAACUGCAGGCCCGUCUGGAACUACUGCAGUCCCAACUCAACAGACUGGAGACCAGGAUGACAACUGAUAUAAAUGUGAUUCUGCAGUUGCUGCAGAGGCAGAUGGCUCCAGUGCCCCCUGCCUACAGUGCAGUUUCCCCUGAACCGCUCACAGCACACCCAGCUCACCCCACCAGCCUGUACACUACAGCAGUCCACAACACCACGCCCUCUGUACAGAUCCCUGACAGGCCAUCAUCUCCUGGUAAGAGCCCUGACACGGACAGCUUCAAAUACAAGUCUCGUGACUCUCUGUCCAGCGGCAUCCAUCUGACAAUAGCCUCAAAUGACACCAUGUCCAUGUCCCCAGAGACAGAGCUGGCUGUGCCCAUGGGACUGAGUCCCCCUCGAGAGACUCAUCAAGAGCUCCUUGGACUGCUGUGUAGAAGCCCACGAUUCCCCUCGCUCCCAGACAGUCUGGAAAGUCCAAACAUACUGGAGGAAUCACCAGAAAUCCAAAGGCAUGUGUCUGAUCCAGUCUUACCUGGCAGCUAGAGGCCAAAAACAGACUUCUGGGUGUCUUGACAGCAUUUUGUUUGAGCUCUGAAAGAGCACAACUUUCCUAAGUCGCAUAUUUACCACAUUUUCAUGGUUUCCAUUUUUCAGACAGCUCAAUAUUGCACUUGAAUAGAAUCUAUGCUUGCUCGAACUGAAAAAAAUUAUUCAUGUUACAUGUGUUGACUUACAUUAGGUAAAAGGGUGUUCAGUUGAGAAAAUUAAUUCAUAAUGGUUGUUGUACAUUUCUGUUUUUUGUAUUUUGUUUCAUAUCCCUUCUUAUUAAGAGCUGGACGUUUCCUCAGAUGCAAUAAAUCUCAGCUUUUGUAUGAGUACAAUGGGCAAAAAAAAAAAAAAAAAAAAAAAAGACAGAAAGAUCGCAUUACGAUCUGAGUGACUCUUUUCACCAUCAUGUUCUACAAUGAUCAUUUUAAAUUAUUAUCUGGAUGUCAGGUUUGAGAUUUUACGAUUUGUUUUAGUUAUCUUUACGUAGUAAACCUCAUGUCUUACGCUGGCUGAGAUUCAGAGAAUAGACCUUCUGAGGCAGUGCCACCACUGAGACGAGGACAUUUCACACCCAGACAGAUGAAACAUAUGUCUGGGCUGUUUUCAGAGUAUAAUGAAUUUCUUGUGUAUUGAUAUUGUAAAAGUGCAGGACUUAUUCUUUUCAAUCUAUAAAAUUUUUUAAAAGUAAAAUACUACUUAUACUAUUAUAUAUUUUUGUGUCAGGUUAGAUAUUUGACCCAAAUCUAAUGUAAUAUUACAUCAGGUAAAAAGUAUAUUUGUCUGUUGGAUUAAUAGUAAGCAAAUGGACAUGAAUUCCGAGAUCAUGAAAUGAUAUUUCUCAAUUUAAAUGGUUAAUUUAUCCACUUUGUGAACUGAUCAGUGAGGUGUGUGUGUGUGUGUGUGUGUGUGUGUGUUGCAUAUGCUCCAAUGGGUGUGUGAACUAAUGGAAGUGUGAUCAAUGUAUGUGAAAGACAAAGAUGUCAAGAUGAUAUUCCUUUGAAUUCUUCACAUUUUGAUUGAAGACAAGGACUUGUUGAGAUGACAUCAGUGUAAAUUCAAUGUUCACCUCUACAAUGAAAGCACAUGAAUGUAUGUAAAAUGAUUGAAAACCUUUAUUGGACUGUAAAGGUUUCCAAAAGCACACAGUUAAUAUUAUAUAUAUAUAUAUAUAUAUAUAUAUAUUUUUUUUUUAGAUUAAAUGUUAUUUAUAACA